UAGCGGCUUUUCAGAUCGUGGGCGUUUCCAUUUCCCACACUUGUGCUGCCGAGAGUCUGGGAGCUAGCGUGCAGCUGCCGUCCAUUAGCGGUUACGACGCCACGACGGACUGCAACAUUGUCACCUGCUGCAGAGAAGACAUUUUUUAACAUAGUCAUUCGCUGGACAAAGGCGUCAACACGGUCUCUAGAACAACAAUGCCUCCCCCGAUGCGCCACCGCUCCAUGCGCGUCUUCAUGAACGACGACCGCCACGUCAUGGCCAAACACGCGGUCAUCUAUCCAACCCAGGAGGAACUGGAAAGCGUGCAGAACAUGGUGUCCCACACAGAGCGGGCCCUCAAGGCGGUCUCCGACUGGCUGGACAAGCAGGAGAAGGGAACCUCCAAGUCCGACUCUGAUAGCGCAGAGACAGAUAAGGAAAGCGAGCACAGAGAUCAGGCCACCCGAUCUCUGCGUGGCGUAAUGAGGGUGGGUCUGGUUGCCAAGGGGCUGCUCCUGAAGGGGGACCUGGACCUGGAGCUGGUGCUCCUCUGUAAGGAAAAGCCAACCAUCAAUCUGCUGAAGAAAGUCUCCGAAAACCUUGUCACGCAGCUCAAGAUGAUCACAGAAGACAAGUACGUGGUGACGCAGCACAUCCGCGAGGCCAGCAUCGUCAUCAAGAACAGCAAGGAGCCUCCUCUCACCCUCACCAUUCACCUGACUUCCCCUCUGGUCCGCGAGGAGAUCGAGAAGGCUGCUUCCGGAGAAUCGCUUUCAGUCAACGAUCCCCCGGAUGUUCUGGACAGGCAGAAAUGCCUAACUGCCUUGGCGUCUCUCCGCCACGCUAAGUGGUUCCAGGCUAGAGCUAACGGGCUGCGCUCCUGCGUCAUCGUCAUCCGGAUCCUGAGGGACCUCUGCGCUCGCGUCCCCACGUGGGCCUCGCUUCGUGGCUGGCCACUGGAGCUGAUCUGUGAGAAAGCCAUUGGCACGGGGAACCGGCCCAUGGGGGCAGGAGAAGCUCUGCGGAGAGUGUUGGAGUGUCUGGCUUCAGGAAUCCUCAUGCCAGAUUGCGCUGGGAUCUCGGAUCCGUGUGAGAAGGAGCCUACGGAUGCCGUCGGUCACUUGGACCACCAGCAGAGAGAAGACAUCACAGCGAGCGCACAGUGACACGCCUUAAGGCUGUCGGCUUUCGGACAGCUUCACAAAGUGCUUGGAAUGGACCCCCUUCCCUCGAAGAUGCCCAAGAAGCCUCGUAGCGAGACUCCCAUUGAUUACACAGUGCAAAUCCCGCCCAGUACGGCGUACGCCCCACCAAUGAAAAGGCCCAUUGAGGACGAGGAGGGAAUCGAUGACAAGAGUCCGAAUAAGAAGAAGAAAAAGCUGCAGAAGAAAUCUCCGGAGGAGAAGGCGGAGCCUCCCCAGGCCAUGAACGCUCUGAUGAGGCUCAACCAGCUGAAGCCGGGUCUCCAGUACAAGCUGAUAUCUCAGACCGGCCCCGUCCACGUUCCCGUCUUCACCAUGGCCGUGGAGGUGGACGGCAAGACCUUCGAGGCUUCUGGUCCCUCCAAACGCACCGCCAAGCUGCACGUGGCCGUCAAGGUUCUCCAGGACCUGGGCCUCCCCACAGGGGUGGAGCUGAAGACGGAGCCGGUGAAAUCUGAGGAGGUGGAGGUAGCGGUCGCUGUGGAGGAGCUGAAGCCGGUUAUAACGGCCGUAGAAAGCACCACGACGGCCGCCCCAGGACCCGGCAACGCAGACGCCCCCAACGCCGAGACUGCUCGCCAACAGGGACCGAUCCUCACCAAACACGGCAAGAACCCCGUGAUGGAGCUCAACGAGAAGCGCCGCGGCCUGAAGUACGAGCUCAUCUCGGAGACCGGCGGCAGCCACGACAAGCGCUUCGUGAUGGAGGUGGAGAUCGACGGGCAGAAGUUUCAGGGGACGGGGUCCAAUAAGAAGGUGGCCAAGGCGUACGCCGCGCUGGCUGCUCUGGACCGGCUCUUCCCCGAGGGGUCCAUGGCUGAGGCCGCCAAAAAGAAAAGGGACCCCCCAUGGUGACACGCGCCAGGCUUCGGCAUGAUGGGCGCGCCGGGCGGAGACGUCGCUGCGCCCCGGGGCCGAGGGCGGGGGGGCAGAGGGCGUGGACGGGGCAGGGGCUUCAAUAACGGAGGAGGCUACGGCCAAGGAGGUACAAACACACCUUUACUGUGUGUUGUGUGGGGGGGGGGGGGGGGGUAUUACUACAACAAUGGCGGCACCAACGGAGGAGCCGGGGCGUCGAGCAGCCCGUCAGGUGGCCCCCCAUCCAGCGCGGCUCCGGGCUCGGCUCAGGGCUCCUAUGGUUACUACCAGAACGACGCGGUGUACCCGGCCGCUCCCGCCUCCAAAACCGCCAAAAAGAAACACCCCAUGCACAAGGGAGGGAAGGCCCCCUUUGCAGGCCCGCCGGGGGUGAACAGUGGAUCUGUGGGGGGGUUCCAGUCCAGCAGCAGCAGCCCCCCUGGGCAGGGCUCUUAUAACCAGUAUGGCCAGGGCUAUGGGCAGGGGAAGAAGAGUUUUAACCAGAACCCCGGGGGGGCGGGUGGAUACUCGUACAGCACCGUCUAUCCGAGCCAGGUGACGGGGGGCGCUGGAGGGAGCCAAGAAUACAGCUACGAAGGUUUCAACAGCCAGUCCAACUACAGCUCACAGGGAGGCGGCGCCGGGGGAGGGAACCAGGGCUUUGGCACCAGCCAGUCUCAGUACCACAACCCAGUGGGCUACGGCCGGGGGGGGGACAGCAGCAUGAACUACCAGUACAGAUAAACUCUCAUCACUCCCCCCCCGGGUCCUGGUCCGGGGUCUCAAGCCUUCCCCAAAGAAAGUGAUCGAAGGCUUUCCUGUGCUUGUCGGUACACGAUCCGUUCUGCACAUGUGCAGAUGAUGUCGUGAUGAUGAUGUCAUGAUGAUGAUAUGAUGAUGAUGAUGUCAUGAUGAUGUCAUGAUGAAUGCGUAUUUACGACGCUGCACGAUCUGUUCCCAUAGACAGUUAAAGAAAGUCUGUUGGCCACCACUGGAAAGCUAACGUUAGCUUAGCUAACAGCUAAUCUGGCUAACCACUAGCUGAGAC